CAAAAUUGCAAUGGGUUUACAACACCAUACAACAUAAUUUUAAGAACAAUGAAAACAAACAUGGUUUCAUAGAAAACAAUACGAUAAUGAACCACGUGAAACAACCAUCCAAACAGGGGGUAAGUGAUAUAGCUCGGCACACUUUAGAUAUUUUGUUGUAUUCCAGUAACCGUUAUAGUUUUCAGAUUACAAUAAUCCUAAUACCUAUAGUCUUAAAAUCUGAUGCAAUGCCUUAGUAAAAAUCUCAAUGAAGUAACAUUAUUAGGAAGUUUUAGAAUUACUGUAAGGUUAAAUUCCAGGUGUGAAAAUAAUCUCUUUCCCCAAAAUUUACAGCAUUUCUUCUGAAUUUUUAUUGAUUUUAUAUAUGUGUGUGUCUGUUUGUGUCUCCCUUUUGGUUGAAUACUUGUAUACAAAUAAAAGUGUGUUAUUGCUGGUUUUUUCACAAUUCAAUUCAACAAAAACCGGCAGAAGGCUUUAAUUCGGUGAGUUUUGGCAGAUAGGUAGUACAGCUCAGCACCUUUUAGAUUUUUGUUUCUAUUACACUAACCGUUACAAGUUUCAGAUUACAGUAAUCUUGAUAUAUCUAUAUUUGUCUUAUAUCCUGACGGAGUAACUUAGGUGUGAAAAUAUUCUCUUCGCCCAAAAUUUACAGCUUUUCUUCUGAAUUUUUAUUGAUCAUAUAUGUGUAUGAGUGUUUGUGUGUCUCCCUUUUAGUCGAUUACUUGUAUACAUAAGUGAUACGGAUUAUCAGUGUUGAUUCACUCAGAAGCUUGCUUGAUUGUGCUUUGUGAAAAUCUGUUUCUGCCAGUUGUUGCCAACAUUUUUUCGAUCUAAAAGAAAAUGAGCACCAAUCAGACAUACAACGGCUCCUUCUGGACUAAGGAAGAGGAUACAAUCUUUGAGAACACCCUGGCAAUCUACUUUACGGAUGAUAAUCUAUUGAUGAAGAUGGCCGAAGCACUACCUGGGAAAUCGCUUGAUGAUAUCAAACAUCACUAUGAUAUAUUAGUUGAAGAUGUGGAUGCCAUUGAGUCUGGAAGGGUUCCGUUACCUAAAUAUCCGGAAAUGCAAAGCCAUUCCGACCAGAAAAGUAGAUUUUCAAAAGCAGAUGUAGAACGGCGAAGAGGGGUUGCUUGGACAGAAGAGGAACACAGGUCGUUUCUCCGGGGCUUAGAGAAAUACGGGAGAGGUGACUGGAGAAGUAUAUCCAGGUACUGUGUGAUAUCUAGAACACCAACUCAAGUGGCUAGCCAUGCCCAAAAGUAUUUCAGUCGCCUCAAAGCCGUCAACGAAGAUAACAGAAGAAAAAAAAGAACAAGCAUUCACGACAUAACUAGUGUGGAUCCUGAAACCGCUGGAACUUCCCAAGUGCCAAAUACCGAGCACAUGCUUGGACCUGCUGACGGAGGAUCACAAGCAGCGGUGGCAAGCACUGACAAUGAGAACUUGUUGCCUCAAGAAAGCACCAAUGCUGAGCAGAUGAUGGCAGUUGCUGGAGGAGAGUCCUCAGGUCCUGGUACUGCAAUUGUCAAUGGAAUGAAUAAUCUUUACCCUGAUGUGAAUGAUGAGUUCGUAUUAGGCAUUGAUGACCUAAUCCUGGAACCUGAGGGCAUUAAGGAAGCCGGGUUUCUCGUUGACUCUGGAAGAUCCCAAUUACCCGGCAAACAACCGUGUAAUGCUGCUGGUAGUGGAACUUCCAGUCAUCCUAUCACUAGAAUUGGGAGUGACCUUGAAGCUCUAAUCACUGAACAUAUGGUGGGAGACAAUGAUAUCAGUUCCAUUUUUGACGCUGGGAAAGCACCAACUUCUGAUGCUACGCUGUCAGAAGGUAAAACAAAUUGGUAAUCAAGAUUUGUCGUGUAGAUGAGUUUUGCUACUCUUUUGGUGAUGUGCAAGAAAGUUUUGAUGGUAUUUGGAAUCUUAAUGACAGCUUUUCUUCCUGGAGUUUUAAAUCUACUCUAAUUGAUUAUGAUUUGAUGUUGAA